AUGAUGGCCACUACGGAAGAGAUUACUCCUGUUGCUGAGGUGAAAUCGGCACAAGUGGUCUCAAAGAUGCAGAAAUACCUUAGGGAAAAGCCAGGUGCUGAUAUAGCUGACUACUUCAAUUUUGGCUUUACUGAGGACGCCUGGAAUGAAAACGUAGAGAAGCAGAGGAUUCUUUGUCAAGAGCAUGCGAAUUCCGCCAUUAAACCAGUUGUGAUUGGAUCUGCAGUGGGUCUUAAUCUAUCAGGUGGCAACUCUCCACAACCACUUAAUUUCCCUCCUGCAACUGCGUUUGCUCUCCUGAAUGUUGGCGUUGUUCUACCUCGAUUCAUGAAUGCUCUCAGCUUUUCUCCACCUUUACUUGAUUCUACUUUCCCACUAAAACAACUUCCUGGUUUUCGCAGUCAAGGCAAUGGUUUGAUGCCUCUCCUUAUUCCAAGCGUCAUUCGUUGUGGACCAGGAGCAAGACAUCCACCUCAUACUUCUCCCAAUAUCAUGUUAUAUAAAGAAGAUUCUGGUCGAGAAUAUGGGGGUCGUAGUGGUCGUUCUUCUCGACGACAUGGAUCAAGAGAAAGGCGUCGCGAGUGUUCUCGUGAUCGAAGUCCGGCAGCAACUAGGGAUUCAAAAGGACGUGGAGGAGGAGGUGAUGGUGAUGGUGGUGGAAAGAAGUCCUAUCGAAGCAGUCAUCGCAGCAGGCGUCAUCGUCCAUCACCAACACCACGUAGGAAUCGAUCACCUUCUACAUCUCGAAGAUCUCCUCUUCCUGAAGUUGGGAUUCGUUCAUUUUCCACGAAAUCUGUUAAUCCGCUGGAACCGGUUUCGAAUGCGUCCACUGAUGUUAGUGCAAAACAGCAUCGAUCAUAA